AUGUUCCGAAUUAUCAUGCCCAGUAAUGGAGGCAUCACAAAGGCGAAAGAGGGAAUGAUAGUUCUGAGAGUAGCCCAUAGAGGCGAAGAGUACUUCACAACGCUUGCCAUUCGGCCUGUAAUGUCCAAAGAAACUGAAGCUGAACGCAUGUAUGUGUACUUAUGCUUCGCCAAGAUCGAGGCAAGGACGUGGAGACAAGUUUUACCGACCAUAUCAGGUCCUGCUUGCCGUUCUAUGAUCUUAUGCAGAAUCACAUCAAAGCAGGCACUGGACGACGCCAACAGCCGUUUCUUUCAAUGA